AUGACGCAGAUGGGCAUUAAUGGCUUCGGACGCAUUGGGCGCCUCGUCUUUCGUGCAGCCAUGGAGAAUCAAAGCGUUACGAUGGUUGCAGUCAAUGAUCCGUUCAUGGACCUUGACUACAUGAAGUACCUGCUGAAGUACGAUUCCGAGAAUGGCGAAGAGUACCUGGUUGUCAAUGGACUUCCAGUGCGAAUUUUCCACGAAAAAGACCCCGCUUCUAUCCCUUGGGGAUCCGUCGGUGCAGAUUAUGUCUGCGAAUCAACAGGCGUGUUCUGCGACAAGGAGAAGGCGUCGAAGCAUCUUCAAGGUGGGUGCAAGAAAGUUAUCAUCUCGGCCCCUCCAAAGGACUUCACGCCAAUGUUCGUUAUGGGUGUGAACCAUGAGAAGUACACGCCGGACUUGCAGGUUGUGUCGAAUGCUUCCUGCACUACGAACUGCUUGGCGCCUUUGGCCAAGGCCCAGAAGGGUGUACACAUGUUGGCAGUGUACGAUGAAGACAACACAGACAGCCUGGCCUGUAUCCAGGUCAUCAACGACAACUUUGGUAUUGCAGAGGGCCUGAUGACCACGGUCCACGCCAUGACAGCUACCCAGCUGACCGUUGAUGGCCCGUCGCGCGGCGGGAAGGACUCCAAAAGGGGGCGGCCUCGAGACUGGCGUGGUGGACGAUGUGCCUCGGAGAAUAUCAUUCCAUCCUCCACCGGGGCGGCCAAGGCAGUGGGCAAGGUGAUCCCUGCUCUCAACGGUAAAUUGACCGGCAUGGCAUUCCGGGUGCCGACUCCUGAUGUCUCUGUGGUGGACCUGACCUGCCGGCUGGACAAGCCAGCAAGCAUGGAUGACAUCACUGCUGCCAUCAACAAGGCUGUAGAAGGUCCCAUGAAGGGCAUUCUUGGCUUCACCGAUCAGGAGGUUGUGUCCACGGAUUUCGUGACAUGUCCGAUGUCUUCCAUUUUUGACAAGAGCGCAUGCAUUGCGCUGAAUGACAAGUUUGUGAAGCUCGUGUCCUGGUACGACAACGAGUGGGGCUAUUCCAAUCGGCUCGUCGAUCUAGCAUGCCACAUGGCACAGGUGGAUGGCAUCAUCCCGCCACCGGCAGUGAUUCAGAGCAUCAAGGCCCGGUUCUCUGACCUGCGGGUGGUUGUUGAUGUGUCCUUUGUGCAGGCGCGCGAGAUCUUCGACUCUCGCGGGAAUCCCACCGUGGAGGCAAUGACGGUUGUGGGUCAGGGAUCUGGAUCAGUUGCACAGUCCUGGCAGACUCAGGAUCACCUCUUCCGUGCAGCUGUUCCAAGCGGUGCCUCCACCGGCAUCUACGAGGUGGCUCUUGAGCUUCGUGAUGGUGACAAACAGCGUUUGCUGGGCAAGGGCGUGCUCAAGGCAGUAAAGAAUGUCAACGAGCAGAUUGCUCCGAAGCUUGUUGGCAUGGAUGUUACCAAGCAGAAGGAGAUUGAUCGGAUCAUGGUCGAAGUCCUCGAUGGCACCCAGAACGACUGGGGAUGGAGCAAGUCGAACCUUGGUGCAAAUGCCAUCUUGGCCGUAUCCAUGGCCGUUUGCCGUGCUGGUGCCGCCUCGAUGGAGAUGCCCCUCUACCAGUACUUGUCGUGUCUGUCCGGCAGACCUACAAGCAGCUACGUCAUGCCAGUUCCAUCUUUCAAUGUUAUCAAUGGUGGAAGCCAUGCUGGCAACCGUCUUGCUUGUCAGGAGUUUAUGAUUCUGCCAGUCGGUGCCAAGAGCUUCAGAGAAGCUCUGCAGAUCGGCUGUGAGGUGUACCAUUCUCUCAAGGGUUGCAUCAAAAAGAAGUACGGACAGGAUGCCUGCAAUGUCGGAGAUGAGGGUGGUUUUGCGCCUUCAGUCCAGGACAACAACGAGGCGCUGGAUGUCCUGAUGGAUGCCAUUGAGAAGUCCGGCCACAAGGACAAGGUCAAGAUUGGAACCGACGUGGCCGCAUCGGAGUUCUACAAGGACGGAAAGUACGACUUGGACUUCAAGAAUCCGGAGAGCAAGUCGGCCGACUGGAAGACUGGAAGCGAGAUGGCAACAUACUAUCAGGAGUGGUUCGCCAAGUAUCCUUUCGUUUCCAUUGAGGAUCCCUUCGACCAGGAUGACUGGGCAGCAUAUGCGGAAUUCUGCACAAAGUGUGGAAAGGAUGUGCAGAUCGUUGGUGACGACUUGUUGGUCACCAACACGAAGCGCAUUUCAAAGGCGCUGGAUGUCGGAGCAUGCAACGCGCUUCUAUUGAAGGUCAACCAGAUCGGAUCUAUUUCGGAGGCGAUCGAUGCUGCCAACAUGUCCAUGUACAACGGCUGGGGUGUCAUGGUGUCUCAUCGCUCUGGAGAGACGGAGGACUCCUUCAUCGCCGACUUGGUGGUUGGACUGCGCACAGGUCAGAUUAAAACUGGUGCGCCUUGCCGCAGCGAGCGCUUGGCGAAGUACAAUCAGCUGCUGCGCAUUGAAGAAGAACUUGGGUCCAAGGCCGUGUAUGCUGGGGAGAAGUUUCGCAACCCUUCCGCCUAG